AUGGAUCCUUUGGGUGCUCCUUCUCAAUUUGUGGAUGUUGAUACUCUGCCCAGCUGGCUUGAAUGGUAUGAAGCAGAUAAUUCAGAAACUCUAACUGAAAAAUUCCAGGAUGAAGUCAUUAGAUCACCUUUUCCCUUCAAUAAAAGCCUCAGUGGAAAAGUGAUUCUUUGGAAAGGAGAUGUAGCUUUACUAAACUGUACAGCUAUUGUCAAUACCAGCAAUGAAAAUCUUACUGAUAAGAAUCCAGUGUCAGAAAGCAUCUUUAUGCUUGCAGGGCCUGACUUGAAAGAAGAACUUCAGAAACUCAAAGGUUGCCGAACAGGAGAAGCAAAGCUGACAAAAGGAUUCAAUCUGGCUGCCCGUUUCAUCAUUCACACUGUGGGACCCAAAUAUAAGAGUCGCUAUCGCACAGCAGCUGAAAGCUCCCUAUAUAGCUGCUAUAGAAAUGUACUCCAAUUGGCAACGGAACAGGCAAUGGCCUCUGUAGGAUUUUGUGUCAUCAAUUCUGCAAAAAGAGGAUAUCCUUUAGAAGAUGCUACCCACAUAGCCCUCCGCACAGUGAGAAGAUUCCUAGAGAUUCAUGGGGAGACCAUUGAAAAAGUAGUAUUUGCUGUCUCUGAUCUUGAAGAGGCCACCUACAGAAAGCUACUGCCUUUAUAUUUUCCAAGGUCAUUAAAGGAAGAAAGUCAGUCUUUGCCCUACCUUCCUGCAGAUAUUGGAAAUGCAGAAGGGGAGCCAGUAGUACCAGAGCGACAGAUUAGGAUAAGUGAAAAACCAGGUGCUCUGGAUGACAACUUGGAAGAGGAAGAUGAGGGCUUGGGAGCUGAUCUCUCCUUCAUCGGCUCUCACGCUUUUGCUCGAAUGGAGGGAGAUGUUGAUAAGCAGAGACGACUGAUCCUUCAGGGACAGCUUUCUGAGGCAGCUCUGCAGAAACAGCAUCAAAGAAAUUAUAAUCGCUGGCUAUGUCAAGCAAGAGCUGAGGAUCUAUCUGAUAUUGCUUCUUUAAAAGCCUUGUACCAAACAGGUGUGGAUAAUUGUGGUCGCACAGUGAUGGUGGUGGUUGGAAGAAACAUUCCUGUUACAUUAAUAGAUAUGGACAAGGCUCUGUUAUAUUUUAUCCAUGUAAUGGAUCAUAUUGCUGUAAAAGAAUAUGUCCUAGUAUACUUUCACACACUUACUAGCGAAUACAAUCACCUGGACUCCGACUUCCUGAAGAAACUCUACGAUGUCGUUGAUGUCAAAUACAAGAGGAACUUGAAAGCAGUUUACUUUGUCCAUCCAACAUUUCGAUCAAAGGUAUCAACAUGGUUUUUCACUACGUUUUCUGUCUCAGGACUAAAAGACAAAAUCCACCAUGUGGACAGCCUCCACCAGCUAUUUGCUGCCAUAUCCCCAGAACAGAUUGACUUUCCACCCUUUGUUCUUGAAUAUGAUGCCAGGGAAAAUGGGCCUUACUAUGCGUCUUAUCCCCCAUCACCAGAUCUAUGACCUUCCAUCUCGUAUUACUGCUGGUUUCCAAGGAUAACUCCCUCUUCAUGGCCUGCUGCCUGUUGAAUUGAAAUUCAUUUGUGCUGUACAGAAUUCAGAGAGGAUCUUUUGUCCCCACCUUUCUGAUAUUUUUUUAUUGACAAUAUAUUUUCGGGCACAUAAACAAUCUGCAAAUAUUAGGUCACUAUGCACUGUGUACCACUGUUUUAAAUUUGUAUAUGCAUAUUUAAUGGGAAUACUGAUAUGACAGGUUAAAAUGAAGGAGAGGCUUUGUGUCUGCAACUCCUAUUGGAGAGCAACUUUCAAAUGUCUUAAAUUUCCAGAAAAGGCAUCAGACUAUUGGACAGUCUGCCAGUUUUAAUUGUAUUGUCACCAUCAUAUUGAAAGCUGCCCUGGGUACUGAGUUAUUUGUAACAGUAUACAGAACCAGUCAGACUACACUAAUCAAAUAGGUAUAUUACUACCAAUCUGAUUGCGUUGUUUACUUCUUAUAUAUCCAGAUACUCUAGUUAUGACAAAGAAGAGUGGUUUGAAGCUUGAAAAUGUUGGAAAUGAUUUAACGGAAAUUCUACUAUUUGACCAAAAAAUCAUUGAAAUGUUUAGCAGAACAUGGGCGGUGUGGACUUGGGUUCUCAAGGUGUCAGGCUUGUAUCCCUGAAUUAGAUGAUCUAUAGGGGUGCUGCUGUUUUGUUCUUAACAGUAUGAUAAAAGGAUGUCUUUUUUUUUUUUUUUACUCUUUUCUAUAAUCAUAAGUGUGGCCUCUUUUUAAAAGAUCCAGCUCUCUUAGUCCUCUUACGACGUGAAUAGGAACUACCUAACAGUUAACCAAGAAUUUAAUAAGUAUCGCAGGAGGAAGAAAUUAAUGAUAUGUACACUUCCUUUUAGAAAUAUAUCUAUACACUGCCCGCUAACUAUGGCUGAUCUUGGGUGACUGUCACAAUACUACUUUGGGAGACCUUGUUUAAUUAUUAGACCUCCUGGCAUUGCCUGUUUAUAGAAGGAGGAUGAGCAGAGAGAAAAAGUACGAUUUGGGGCAUUAUUACUAAUCUUGCUAUUUGUAACUCAGGCUUUAAGCCUUGGCCUACCCAGCUAUAAAUGAGUGUAAUUUCACCUACCUCAUGAAGGUAUGAGAAGGU